AUGCCCCGGAGCCCCUCCUGCGGGGGUGGCGGCGGCGCCGGCUGCGGCGGUGGUGCUGGGGCCUGCCAGGGCCUGCUCGAUCUCCAGGGUGGGGACCGGCGACCUGACGCUGGUCCCCACAGGAGGACAUCCUCGAUGGUCUUCUUGUCAUGCUUGGGGCCGCGAAGGCUGUCGUACCACAUCUUGAUCGUGGUGAUCUUGUUGACGAUGGACGCCUUGAAGCGGUUGGACUGCUUGUCGUGGACCCAGCCCAUGAUGCUGAACGUGUGCUCCACACCAGCACUUGCUGGUGUGGAGUGCACGUUCAGCAUCAUGGGCUGGGUCCACGACAAGCAGUCCAACUGCUUCAAGGUGUCCACUGUCAACAAGAUCACCAUGAUCAAGAUGUGGCUGAGCACCUCUGUCCGGACCUGGUCUGUCAGUGCCAGCACAGCUACCACCACGACCCCUAGCCCUGGCCCCUGCCCCAUACCCGAGGAGGUGUUCGGUGGCGUGGAGGAGGAUGACGCCAGCCCUGACAAGGUGGUUGGCUUCCUCUCGGCCAUCGGCAACACCAUGCAGGGUGACAUGCAGGCGGAGGUGCAGGCCCUGCAUGCAAACGGCAUGGCCUUCUCGUCCAUGAUGCUGGCAGUGAUCUACGGCAUCAAAGAUGAGAUGGACCCCAUGCAGCCCACUGUGUUGCCCCUGCCGCCAUCCCGUGGCCUCACCCAGGACAAUGACACCAACUUCGGUGCUGCUGACGGUGUUUGGUGUGUUCUGAACGGUCCCAGUUCACCCAGUAGUGCCUGCUAG